GGUUACUGGGACAUCCGCGGGCUGGCCCAUGCCAUCCGCCUUCUCCUGGAGUACACAGACACAAACUAUGAGGAGAGACAGUACUCGGUAGGAGAUGCUCCCGACUAUGACAGAAGCCAGUGGCUGAAUGAAAAAUUCAAGCUGGGCCUGGACUUCCCCAAUUUGCCCUACUUAAUCGAUGGGACUCACAAGCUCACCCAGAGCAACGCCAUCCUUCGCUACAUUGCUCGCAAGCACAACAUGUGUGGGGAAACAGAGGAGGAGAUGAUUCGUGUGGACAUUUUGGAGAACCAAGUUAUGGAUGUCCGUUUUGCCAUGGUCAGGAUCUGCUACAGCCCUGACUUUGUGAGUCCUUGUUCAGAGUUGGGUCGGCAUUCAUGCUUUGUCUUCCUGCAGCUCACCUAUGUGGAUUUCCUGGUUUACGACGUCCUUGACAUGCACCGCAUAUUUGAGCCCAAGUGCCUGGAUGCAUUCCCAAACCUGAAAGACUUCAUUGCUCGUUUUGAGGGCCUGAAGAAGAUCUCUACCUACAUGCAGUCCAGCCGCUUCCUCCCAGGCCCUCUGUUCCUGAAGCUUGCCGUGUGGGGCAACAAGUAGUGCCUGCAACCAGGAGACGGGUGUGAGGAGCCAGGGCCCCGGAGACCAGGCGGACCUUCCUGCACACAGAACCUUCUGUCUUUUUCUUUCUCCUUCUGUUCACUCUAGAUGGCUGCUUGGCCCCCUUAUCUCCCUCCCACACCCCUUUCCAUCCCUAUUUUAAAGAUUCAGUUUCCCACUAUUUUUGAGCAAAGUUCCUCCCCCACCCCACAUUAUCCCUGCUGCAUUAAAGCCACCCAGACUAUUCUUCCCUUUCAUGAUUACUUCUGCUGUGAGGAGUCCAGCCAGACCCCUGGCCCACGGGGCUCUGCUCUGAGCUCCCAGCACUGCCCUGAAGACCAGACCUGGCCUGGUGUGCAGGCCCUGCUUCCCAGCGUGGUUCCUGCCCAGCCUGUCUGAUCCCCAAUAAAGCCUUAAUCACA